AUGGGAAUAUUCAGAGUAUCAAAAUAUUUGGAGAGCCAAAUAUUGGUGGUUUUAGUGACUGGUGGAGAAGGGUCGAAAACCUUCAGACCCUUCCCCUCAGGAUGUACUUUGUCAAAUUUGGGCUGGAGUUCAACAGCUAAUGUAGUGGGAUCUACACCAUACAUUACCAGUGGUUGGGAUCUACACCAUACAUUACCAGUGGUGGAAUUCUGGUGCCUACCCCACUUCCCUGUACCUGCUAUUGUUGUCCUGCUUUUAAGGCAAGAAACCAUUGCUCUUAGCCAGAAAGAGAAAAGUAGACCAUCCAGUGGUAAAUUUGCUCCAAGGCCAAUAGCUCCGGCUAGACCACAGUCUCCAGCAGUAUCUGCUGCUACUCUUAAAGUUCCUGACACAAAUCUUGUUCCCAAUCCCCUUGUAAAUAAAGCGCCUACAUCUGAUAGUCCAGUGCCAUCUGAUAACUUAAAGUCAUCAGAAAGUUCUAAUGAAACCCAGUGUAAAAGAAAUUUACUAGCAGAUAUUAUUGAAGCAUCUGGAAUACUGCUCGAUAACAGCUCAUCUGAAAAGUCUCCUGUGAAAAAAAGUGAUGAAGCUAAGACAGAAAAAGAACUUACCUAUCAUCAAGAAACAGAUCUGAAAGCUACAAAAAGUAGCAAAUCUUGCUCAUCCUCAGACUCGUCUGUUAGUGCCCAGGAAUCAACUAAUGUCAAAUCAAGGCCAGUUAAGGAAAUAUCUGAUGAUGCUUUGUCUUCUGAAAUGGAAAAGAAUGUAACUGAUAAUAAAAAGGAAGGAGAUACUCAAGUAGAAUCUACAGAAAUUCCAGCUAAAGAAACUUCCAAAGUGCUGGUUAGUCCUCAAAUUGCAACUGAAAACCCAAGUAGUAGUGAACAAGUAACUCAAAUUGAAAUGCAGGCAGCAAAAGAUAAAAAUUUAUAGGACUUAACACUUUUUAAAAUGUUUCAUUUAUCUACUAAGUGAACAUUUAAGAAUGUAGUAUCGGAAUGAAAUCUGUUUGUUACAGCUAUUGUUUGAAAUUUUUUAAGGGUUUAAGCAAAAUUUUUUCAAAUACGAGUGAUUUAUUAAUUGUAUUAAACUUUAUUUAUAAAUUAUUGUAUGUUACUUCUAUUUGUAUAAAUUUUACAGUUGUUUGACCUGCUCUAAAUUUUAAUGGUAAGAGUAGUACAACAUAUUUAAAAACAAUUGCUUGUUCAUUGUUUAAGUUUUCAAGUUUUUGUGUUUAUAAGUACUUGUAUAAAAAUCAUAAGUAAUACAUUUAUUGCAUUUGUUAUCAAAUGCUGUAAAUACUAAAACCCAUAUCUUUCCAGUUUUGGAAAAGCUGUGCUAUUAGUUUAUUUGAUAUACGCAAGUUUAGUGAAAAAAAAUUUUUUUUUAAAUUUGAGACAUAAAUUAUGUAUUUUUCAACUUCAUAACAUUUCAUCAAGAUCUCAUAAAUGCUAUCACCUGUGAACUGUUAUUUUUUUAUACCCCAAAAUAUUUUAACAUAUUUAAGUUUUUGUACUUGCUAAAGUUAUCUCUGGAAGCAUUAUUUACAUUAAUUGUAAAUUUAUAUAAGCAUUUAACUAAAUAAUAAUUUGAUCAUAACUAUAACACAGAAUGCAUAUGUUCUAUGGUCAAAUAACAAAAUCUUGUAGUAUACCUAAAUAUAUCUUUGGAACAUAUUUAUUAUAAUUAUUUUUAUUUUUGCAUAAUAAAGGCACAUAUUUCAUUUAUUUGAAAUUAACUAUAAAAUGCUAAUCCUUUUGUGUGUCUAAUUAAUCAUAGCAAAUUUAAAAUUUAACUUGCAUAAUAAAUAUGUGAAAAAACUAAUGGGUGGGAAAAAUAAUAAUUUUAAUUAAAAUUUUCUUAACUCUUUAAACUAAUGCAGAAAUUUUAUUUUUAUAAUUAUGAGAUUAUUGCUGUUGUAAUUGGGGACCAUUACCUUGAAAAUACUUUGAACUUAGGUAAGCAUAAGUUUUAGUAAAUUUCUCUUACAUGUAUGGUUUUUGAAAUCUUAUUUGUUAAAUUAUAUUGGUAUUUAUGAUUGUAUUCUAUUUGUAUAAAAACAUGUUGUUGAUAAUUUGUAUAAAACACAAAUCUUUUUUCCAUCUACCAUUUUAAUAAUGUACAUGUAAAUAUUAUAUAUAUGAUUUAUCAGCUGUUAUAUGCAAUCUUUGAAUAAAUAUUUGUAUGCAUUUAA